AGCGUGUGUCCGAAUGAAAUGUAUGUCGCCGCAACCAGAGCGUCGGAGCGGUUGACCCUCUUACACCACGCUGGGAGAAACCCGUAUUUAAGAGUGGAAGAGAUUCUAGUAUGAUUUUUGUAAUUGAUAUCCUUCUGCUUGUUCUAUCGAUCUUUUCUGAUAACUUCUACGUCGUGAAUCACGUCGUCCUCUAAGCUUUCUGCCCUUUCUCGACUUGGAGACAUUGUGCGCGAAGUGCCACGUCAUUGAGCAUGGAAGGACUUUAGAGCCCGAAACACAACUAGCAGAUGAUGAGGCAACUUUGGUUAUGAUUUGGAGAUUUGUUAAUCAGCGUACAAUCGACUUAAGUCAAUGCUCUCUUGACGGUCGUGGUGAUUCUGAUUGCACAGUGGUCUAAGCAAAGCAUUUCAAAAAUGUCAAUAACGAUAUGGAUGUGCUGUCUUGAUCAGAAAGUCUCCGUAUCUGGUUCUCUAAUGUCUACUACUUUUGUGGUACUUUUCUCGAUGAACAAGUCCGAUGUAUUCUAGUCUAAUGUCCACUACUUUUGUGGUACUUUUCUCGAUGAACAAGUCCGAUUUAUGCUAGUCUAAUGUCCACUAUUUUUAUGGUACUGGUGAACGCGGUGAAAGGAUGGACGCAAUCUUUGA